CCCAGUGGGAUUCAGCAGGGAUCAGAAUUGUAUUUUCACUUGAGUUUCGCCAAGUGGGUGGAAGCAAAUCAGUCCGAUGUGGACAAGUACGGUGCUUAGUAGCCUAAAGUAAACACUGCAUCAAAUAAUUGAUGACAACAUGAAUUGUCUACACAAGCAGAUGAUUCAGUUUUUCUUUUACUUCUUAAAUUACAGGAAAAUUCUUAAGUCAUGCAAGCGCAGGUUAAACCGUCACUGAAGAGGAGUAGAGCCUACCGGUGACUGAAAGGAGAUGACUUUGUCGACGAGAGAAGUAAAGACGUGGCACACAUCUACAAGAGCCAUCUGCCACUAGAUAAGUCAGCAUUCUACUGUACCCUGUGCACAUUGAGAUGCAUGAAGAUUGAAAACUGGAGAUGCACGUGACAGGAGUGUACAGGGAGAAUGUGGUUAAGAGUGAGGAGAGCCGAGGAAAAUGGGGAGGAAAUGGAUGAGGCAGUACACCUGAAGGAUUUUUUUACAACUGGACUGAAUUAGCCACCUUUUUCACAGUGCUAGAUAAAUCUGUCUAGCAACCCGGUGCUGGACGAUUUCUACAUAGGGAUCAUCAUUUUUAAGCCAAGUAUACAUUAAACAUGUAAUACAUGUUUUUAUUUUUUACAUUAACAAGUCUUAAAUUAAAAUGUAUCCAAUGUUAUGGUAUUGCAGCAUAAUUUAUUUUAGUUAGACACCUUGAUUCAUUUAAAUAUAAUUAUUCAUCCUGUUUACUCUUCCGUUUUUUCAGACUUUGGAGAUGAACAUGUUACCAUCUUAUGGAUCAUUUCAAAGACACCCUGAACAUUGCCCAGACAGUUGCUAAUGAGAUUGUCCCUGAGUGGACCAUGCUCAAGACCCUGCUGUAUAAGAGAUAUGGUGCUAAUCUCCACAAAACUUCCUGGAUUUCCAUCCACAAACUAUUUGGAGAUGUGGUGCCAAACAUUCCGGGACUGAUGGAUUUGGUGCUGACCAUCCCAGCCACUUCAGUUGAAGCUGAGCGUGGCUUCAUUGUGAUGAAGCGGGUGAAGACAGACUUUAGGAACAGACUGCACAACAGAGCUCUGAGCGACCUCCUGCGCAUCAUUCUUCUGUCCCCAGCUGAAGCAGACUUUCAGCCAGACGCUGCUGUUGAGCACUGGUUCACCAGCACAGAUCACAGAGAAUCAACAAGUAGAAAUUCUGUUGAUGUUGAAGAUCCCGAAGAAGUAGAUGAAGAUGAUGACUGUCUUGGCCUCAGUGACCUCCUGGGAGAUGCUGCACGAUCCCGAGUAACUCAGUCAAUGCUGCCUGUUUAGUGACCAAAACUUUGUGGACAGUCAGUGACUCAGUGUGAAGUAAUUUACCAUGCCAGUGUGAAGUCAUUAAAAUGUGGUUUACAUUAUUUAUGACAUUUGUUUUGUUGUUUUGAUUUAUUUGUGUAGUUUUAUUCCAAUGACCAUGGAGGUUAACUGAGAUAAUAAAGGUAAGUACUGUGGACAAGUGAAAAUUAAGGCGGACAAGUGAAAAUUACACCAGACUUGUCAUAUGGACAAGUGAAAUUUUUUGCUUAUUUCUAUCACUGCGCUAGUCACACUGACAUGAAAUUCAAGCACUUUUCAAGGACUUUUGCACUUUUCAAGCACUUGAAAAUAAGCACUUUUCAUUUCAAACUCCUAAAUUCAAGCACUUUUCAAGACCCUGCGAACCAUGGUGGAUAGGGGUCAUAUACUAGCGAAGCAUCAACUGGCCAAAACUCUCCUGAAAUCAUCUCAUGUUGAUUUGCAUUCUGAUGGAACUUCAAGAGACCACAAUAAGGUAGUGGGGCAUCAACUGUCAGCUGACGGACCUGAUCAUAAUAAAGGUUAUUGAUGUCAUGUGAGUUUACUCCAGUCUGCAGAGAAGAUACAGACAUUCUUGUUGAUGUAGCCUUUAAUUUGUUGAAUGAGUUGGCUGCAUUGUAUGAUGAUAGUGAAGCAGACCAUAAUUUUCAGUCCAUGUUGAAAAUUUUAACAGGUUUGAUGAGUGACAGAGCUAGUGUUAUGAAGUCGUUUAAUAAAGCUUACAAUGAAAAGAGAAAAAGUAUUCUUGGGGUAGAUGAAAAUAUGGAAUUCCUACAUUGCAAUGCACAUUUUCUUCUUGGAUUAAGUACUGCAUCAGACAAAGUUUAGAAAAAAUGGGAGAAGGAACAGCAACAUAAAUUUGGCUGCGACUGUUUGGAAAAAUUCAAGAGAUUCUCCAGUUCAGAAAAUGCAGGAUCCCGAUUCAUUGUAACAGCUUGUAACAUACUUGGUCCUUGCGGUGAUGAGAAAAGUGGAUGUAAAGAUAUAUGGGAAGCAUUUUGUAACAUGCAAGGGAUUCAAUCAAGAAUCACAAGCUUCAGUUCGAACCUAUUUAACAAUCUUUUCCAGGCAGCUGCCUUUCUACAUCAUCACAGAGAUGACCUAAUCAGCUUUCUUCAAAGUUACAUGCCCACCUUGAACUUGAAACAAGAAAGUGUUAUGUUUGAUGCUAAAGGUGAUUCACUGGAUGCUAUCAUCAUUACUCUUGGUAUGAUCUACCAAAAGGUGACAGGUCCUUACUGGAUGUUGAUGGGUAUGGAUGUCGAGAAGAAGAGUCAUGCAAUCAUGUUGCUGCCCUGUUAUAUGCCCUCGUGGAUAUCAGCACAAAGAAGGAGGCUGGUUUAGAUGCAUCGACAUCUAAUACCUGCAAAUGGAUACAACCAAGGAAAAGAAAGCAGUCCUAAAAAAUCUCAGGAUUUAGUUUUCAAGAAAUACAAAUUUAGUGAAACUGCAAGUGUAAAUACAAACAACACAUCUUCUACAAGGAGACGAAUAAUUCAAACACUACUAAACCAAUGGAUAUGACAAUUUGUGUCAGAAAUUAAAAGUGUGCUCCACAGUGUGACCAGAGUUGCUUAGACGACCCCAAGAAGCCGGACAAAACUGUGUCAAAUGCACAUGUUUUGCACCACAUUAGCUUUUUGUAUUGCGACAAUGUCAAUCUGCUAAGCGAAGCAUGUACAACCCAUUUUAAUGAUUAUUUUUCUUCACUUCAGUGCUGUGAAAAAGACUAAGAUCAGAGAACAGUCAAAGAGCCAUCUGUGGAUGACUUUUCGGGCUGGUCGGCUAACCAGUUCCAAUUUUGGCCUAAUUAACAAACUGAAAAACACCACACCACCAGACAGCACACUAAGGACUGUUAUGAAUUAUUCCCAAUUUCAAGU